UCUUCCUUGUUGGCUUGUUGACGUUUAUAUUUUGAUCAUGGCAGCGGAGGGGGAUUUUCUGAUGAGAUAUAGAGCAGUGUCUAAUAAACUAAAAAAACGUUUCCUUCGGAAGCCAAAUGUAGCAGAAGCAAGCGAGCAGUUUGGUCAGUUGGCUAAAGAGCUAAAGCAACAGGACUGCCUACAGUAUGCAGCUUUCUGUAAUCUUGCAAUGGCUCGGUGUGAGCAGACUCUGUUUAAUGCCCCUGGGGAGGCCCUGGCUCUCACGGAUGCAGCCCGCCUCUUCCUGUCCUCUGAGCGGGAGAAUAGGGCACUCCAAGCCCCAGGCUUCGACGAGCACCUGCAGGCCGCCCUCAACUGCUACAGCUUUGCUAUUAAGGUGUACAUCGAGAUGAACCAGCCAGUAAUGGCUGCUAGCCUGUCUCUGGAACUUGGCAACGCGCUCAAGGAGAUGAACAGACCAGGGGAGGCUAUAGUUCAUUACCAAAGGGCUGCAGAGUUGCAGACACAGACUCCCAUAGAGGCUCUGUUGUCUAUGGGGGAAAUGGCAACCUGCAAGAUUCUCACCCGUGACUAUGACGGUGCGCUGUCCGUCCUGACGGAGAUGCAGCUCAUGUGUCAGGAGGGGGGACUGCAGCUGCCCGGCACAAACACCCCCGUCGGCGCCUUUCUGGACAUUGUGGCUAAGUGUGAGAUCUCCAGAGUCUUUUUGCUGAUGCUUCUGGAGCCCCCGCCUCAGAAGCUGUUACCAGAGCACGCCCAGACCCUGGAGAGAUAUGCCUGGGAGUCCUUUGACCCCCACAGUCAGGUGACCUUCCUACCUGAGAAUGUUUUCCUGCUCCUGCAGUCUGUAGUGAUGGCCUGCCAGGAGAAAGACACAGAAUCCCUCAAGUCUCUCCAAACCGAACUAUGGCCACUUCUCUGUGCAGAGCAGAACCACCUUCUCCACCUAGUGGUCCAAGAGAGGAUCACUCCCUCUGGGCAGGGAAUUUAGGAUGGUACAGAACAGUUAGUCACUCAAACACCCCUUUGGAAUUGCACAUAGUGGGACAUUCCUUCCUGCCUUGGUCUGUUCUAGGGCCUCAUGUUUUAUGGGCGUGUUCCAUCCAUAACUACAAUGUUCUGUAACUUCUUUCUUUGUUAAGUUUAGUUUUGGGGCGUAGGCAUACGUAAUGAAUCCGUAUUUGAUGUAUUGCUAUGUAUCUCAAAAGUCACUGGAUUGCUAUUGGUAUUCAUGUCUGUAUUCAUGUGCACAAAUGUAUUUAUUUAUGAGAUGAUUUCGAUAGAACUGUUAUGUUUUCUAGAACUGAACUGUUAAGUGAUAAUUAUUUUGGUUAAGUUUUUAUUUUUGGUAUGACAUGGCUUGAAUUCCAUUGUAAUUACAAAAACCCACAACUGAAUAUUAAUAAACGGUGGUAUUACAAACA